AUGUCCCAAAUUUUUUCGCCACAAUAUUAUGAAGGUUUAGAAUUCAUUCAUAAUAACUUUAAUGGUGUAAAAUCCUUAGAAGAAGCAAAGAACAACAUUUUUAAUGAGGUCAUAACAAUUCCUGAUAACAUUAUCGUGAAUGAGGUGAAAUUGGAUGAAAGAUAUAGGAUCAAAAGUAAGGAAUAUUUGGAGGUCGGAUUGAAAAAGUACGAGGACGUUGUGGAUGAGAAAUGGAAAGAAUUUGAUGAUGGAGGGUUAUGCGGAGAGUGGAUUAAAGUUAAGGAUGAAGAGGAAGAGGACGGAAAAAUUAAAGUUAAAGGAAGGGUCGCGCUUUUCUUUUUUGGAGGCGGGUACUUUACGGGAUCCAGUAAAGUAUCUCGUAACCAUACUUUAUUGAUAGCUGAAAAGGCCGAAUGUCAAGUUUUUGCAAUUGAUUAUAGUCUUUUACCAGAACAUCAAUUUCCUGCGGCACUUUGCGACGCUUUAGCAGCUUAUUUUUAUCUUACUAAUCCUGGCCCAGAAGCUGGAUUUGAACCAAUUGAUCCAAAACGUAUUGUGCUUAUUGGAGUUAGUGCAGGUGGUGGAUUGGCUACUGCUACCGCGAUGUUUCUUCGUGAUGCUG